AAACAGACUGAAGAGUAAAGUCCAUCGACAGCAGUGGACCGACUGUGUCAAACCCCACUGUCCUCUCGAGAGACUCUUUCAGUUUGAAGCCGCUCUCACAUUUGGUCUGACCAUAAUGCAGAUUCCAGUGAUUACUGUGGAUGCCUUCACUAAUUUACCGUUCAAGGGAAACCCCGCGGCAGUUUGUCCACUUAUGCAUGAACUGAGUGAUGACUUGUAUCAGAAGAUAGCAGCAGAGAUUAACCUGUCAGAAACAGCUUUCAUCACCAGGAGCAACCCCUCUGACAAUUUUACCACAGGAUCACGCUUCAAACUUCGAUGGUUUACACCGACCAAUGAGGUGGAUCUGUGUGGUCAUGCCACUCUGGCCUCUGCAGCAGUGCUGUUCAGGAACCAUCAGAAUGUCAGUCACACACUGGUGUUUGAGACCAGGAGUGGAGAUCUGGCUGUCAUCCAGCAGGGGGAAGGAUACGUCAUGGACUUUCCUCUCAACCCGUCCACCAAGCAGGAUGCCAAUGAGUUCAGAGACAUCAUCAAGACUGCAGUUGGAAACCUCCCAAUCCAGGAUGUUCAUCUGAGCUCCAACACUAAAAAACUGCUGGUUCGACUGUCUGACAGCUGUGACAGGUCAGUGCUGACCCACCUGACGGUUGACACGGUUGCUCUUCAGAACAGUGAGAGGAGUGGAAGAGUUGCAGGACUAAUUCUCACCAUGAAAGGAUCCCCAGACUGCCAGCCAGGAUACGACUUCUACUCCAGAUACUUUGCUCCAUGGAAUGGCAUCCCUGAGGAUCCUGUCACUGGUUCUGCACACACCGUGCUGGGAAGCUACUGGUCUAAGGAACUGGGAAAGAAGAAAAUGCUGGCUUACCAGUGCUCCAAGCGAGGUGGGGAGCUGGAACUAGAAGUGAGAGACGACAGACGAAUCAACAUAGCUGGACAGACCGUCACUGUGCUGCAGGGAACAAUCACACUGUAGCUCCAAGCACAUGCAAGGACAGCGAGCUGGGGGUGAUGAGACGUCAUUACGUACCCGCACACAGGAGACACAGGCUUUCUACUAUUUGAUGAAAACAAGAAAAAUUAGAUGGUUUACAUAAAAAAUGUAAAUAUAUUAAAAAACAACAAAACAAUA